AUGAAUUCGUGUCUUCGUUGCUCAGGGCAGUCUUCUGUCUUUAAAUUCUUCUGUGUAUUUAUUCUCGUCACUUUUAUACUGGUUCUGACUGGUCAAUAUGAGUCCGUUCUUGAACCGCCAAGGGUCCCACAGCCCACGAUUAGCGCAGUAUCAGACCAAGAAAACGCCUACGUCUUUUACGCGACGGACAACACCUACGCGUGCUCAGUUUUGGUCAAUGUUCAUAUUCUGAGAAAAACACACGAGACGAAAAGACGAAUUAUUGUUCUAGUCUCCAAAGAUGUCUCAUCCAAGUACCAUUCUUUGUUCAAGUCCCUCAGCGCAGAGGUCAUCCAGCGGAAGCCCAUGGGGCUCCAUCCCGAAGCGAACAAAGAUUAUAAAAAUUCGCUGCUCAAACUCGAGGCUUUCAGGUUGCCCGAGAUUGAUCCUGGGCUGAAGCGUCUUCUGGUAGUUGAGGGUGAUCAACUUGUCUUGAAAGAUCUCGACCACCUUUUCGACCUGCCCCCAGCAGACAUUUACGCCCCAAGAGCCUACUGGGUCCGAGACGAGCUCUUCAGCAGUACCCUUAUGCUUAUUCAGCCAACACCGGAAAUGUGGAAUGAUAUCAAGGAUAUGGUUCCGAAUCUGCAACCUAACCAGCUGGAGAUGGAUGUCAUCAACGAUAUCUUCUCAGGAAAAGCUGCUCCGAUCCCCGAGUCAUACGUGGUACUGAACAGCCACUGGUCGGAGUGGACCCUUCCUUCAUGGUUCACACCCAGUGCCUCUGUCACUACAUCAGAAGCAGCUGGGGCAACACCAACACCCUCGGCGAAACCAUCCAACGAGGAGUUGGAUGAGCUGUCUCUCCAGGCUCACAUCGUUCAUUUCAGUGCUGAUAUUGGAAAGCCGUGGGAUUACGAUGUUUGGCAGGUUGGGGAGCUGGAAUUCAAUGCGCAUCAAGUGUUGCUUCUUCAGUGGGAGGAAUGGAGGGUAAGGGCUCUGGCACUAUGUCCAGCUGGGGUAAUUGAUCAUGUCUGA